GUGGUUGAGGUGUUAGAAUGGAGAGGAGGCUUAAAUAUAUAAAUCUGAUACAAGACACAGUCAAUAAUAUGACUGUUAACGUAAAAACUGUACAUGUUGCAUUAAUAAAACGUAUUAAAUGUAAAUGUUGUAUGGAAACUGGGGACGACUGGUACAAACUAUUCAUUUGCUCCUUUUAGCUGGUGUUUUUUUCUGACAGCGAAAGUCAAGUGGUCAGAAGCGGGCUUCUGUGAGCAGGUGGAGUCUGACUCCUCCAGGAAUGUCAGCAGGUUCUGCUUCAUUCCUGCAGCACAAAGACGCCGAUCAUUUCCUGGUGGUGACGAGGCUCCAACGAGCUGAGCCGUCUAUCAGCUGAUAGGUUUCUCUGCUUUUCAGCUCCAGCUCGAUCAGGUUUCAGUCAGUGAAAGUGGAAUCAUGUCAGGCCUGUGAAGGUCAGCGGCGGAGCCUGAAGGAGCGACGCUCAGGGAUGGAGCUGAAGGUGUGGGUGGACGGCGUGGCCAGGGUGGUGUGCGGCCUGUCGCUGAGCACUUCCUGCCAGGACGUCGUCAUAGCGCUGGCCCAGUCCAUCGGUCAGACCGGUCGGUACAUCCUCGUCAUGAAGCUCCGCGGGAACGAGAGGCAGCUCCUCGCCGACGACUGCCCUCUGCAGCACGCGGCUCAGCUGGGACAGCAGGCCGCAGAGGUCCAGUUCAUCCUGCGCAGGACCGGUCCCGCCCUCGGCGGCGAUCACGAGCCGGCGCGAGCAGCCGGCAGACGCCUUCCCCCGUCCAGACCGGACCCAGAUCACAGAAGCGCCGGUCGGGCCUCCUCCACGCUGCCCCGGCGCUCCAAAGCAGGCAGGGUCCGGUCCUCGUCAGCCACAGACUCCCCAGAACCCCGGGCUUCCCCUAUUCCCUUCCUGGACACUCCCAGCUCUCUGAAUGCGCUUCCCUAUGUCUCCAAAGAGGAGGUGUUCCGCCAAAUCCUGCAGCAGCAAAAAACGCUGCAAGACCUGGAGGUGGAGGUUCAGGCUCUGGAGAGGGAAACAGGGGCGCUGGAGCAGCUGACGUCAUCUGCCACGCUGCCUGGUCCCGUUCUGGACCUCAGGGAGCAGCUGGAGGAGCUGGAGCGGCGACAGCUGCACAACAAGGAGGAGCUGAUCCUCGGGGAGCAGUGGGAGGAGCUGCUACAGGCAGAGAUGGACAAAGAGCGAGACAUGCACGAACGUCUGAGUCAGGCCCGGGCCUCGCUCCACCAGCACACGGAUCAGAUCACAGCGCUGCAGGCCAGUUCUGGACAUCUGGAGCAGGAAGCAGAGCUCACGGUCCAGAGGAGGAGGUCGGCCGCCCGGCAGUCCGAGGAGGCGCUGAGGCUCCUGAGGCAGGAGUUCAACAAGCGGCAGCAGCACACGCAGCAGCUGGAGGCGACGCUGUCGGCGUCGCAGCGGGAGCUGAGCGGAGCCGAGCGGGCGCUGCAGGAGAGGCAGGCGUGGAUUCAGGCGCUCAACAGGGAGCUGAGGCAGUGCGACCUGCAGCACUUCAUCCAGCAGACGGGACCCCACGCGGACCCGACAGGAACCCCGCAGCUCGGCAGCACCGUGGAGUAGCAGCAGCCCAACGCUGGAAGCCUGUGAGUGAUGACAGUCCUCAUAGGCCUCAGCUGCGAGUGAAACGAGUUGAAUGUCGGCAUGAAGACCCGUCCAGACUCGACUGUGUGUGAGAGACUUGAUCAGUGGCAAUAAAUCUGAUAUUUUUCUA